GCCCCGUCCCGACGCUCCUGGGCUCCGCCCCUGCGCUCUUAGGCUCCGCCCCGCCCUCUAGGGUCACUCUCCACCGGGGCCCCGACCCCGCCCCGCGUCCCCGGGCUCGGCGCCAGGGCCUCUGGAGUCCUAGGAGGCGUGGCCUGGAGGAGGCGUGGCCUGGGCGGAGGCGUGGCUGCGCGGCGGCGCGGUCUGCAGCCCCGGGACUCCGGCUUUGACACCGCGGCGAGCAGGAGCCUGGCGCGGGCGUGGGGUAGGGACAAGCUCCCGCGGAUCCCGCGCCCGAGUUGGGUGCGGGCCCUUUCGCAUAGGUGGCCGAGGGAAAGUUGAUUUGAAUACUCAGAGACAUGAGAGAGUUGGUGUUUGGCUGCAGCAACCUCAACAGCCCCUAAGCCCUGCAUCUGCCAUUCUGACUUUAUAAGCUCUUCCAGUCCUCUUCCCUGUGGUGGGGACACCUUCCUAGGCCCUAAUCUGACCAUGGGGAGCACCCUGGGCUGCCACCGCUCCAUCCCCAGGGACCCUUCUGACUUGUCCCACAGCCGCAAGUUCAGUGCAGCCUGCAACUUCAGCAACAUCCUUGUGAACCAGGAGCGGCUCAACAUCAACACGGCCACAGAGGAAGAGCUGAUGACGCUGCCUGGGGUGACCCGGGCCGUGGCCCACAGCAUUGUGGAGUACAGAGAAUACAUCGGGGGCUUCAAGAAGGUGGAGGACCUGGCCCUGGUCAGUGGUGUGGGUGCCACCAAACUGGAGCAAGUCAAGUUUGAGAUCUGUGUGAGCAGUAAGGGCAGCUCCGUGCAGCACUCUCCCAGCUCCCUGCGGCGGGACCUGCUGGCUGAGCAGCAGCCUCAUCAUCUGGCCACUGCUGUGCCCCUCACGCCCCGUGUCAACAUCAACACAGCCACCCCUGCCCAGCUCAUGAGUGUUCGAGGCCUCACAGAGAAGAUGGCCCUUAGCAUCGUGGACUACCGCCGGGAGCACGGCCCCUUCCGAAGUAUAGAGGACCUGGUAAGGAUGGAUGGUAUCAACGCUGCCUUCCUGGACAGGAUACGGCACCAAGUGUUUGCGGAGAGGUCCAGGCCCCCAUCCACCCACACCAAUGGGGGCCUGACCUUCAUUGCCAAGCCUCACCCCAGCCCCACCUCACUGAGCCUGCAGAGCGAGGACUUGGACCUGCCACCAGGGGGGCCCACGCAGAUCAUCUCUACGCGGCCCUCUGUAGAGGCCUUUGGUGGCACGAGGGAUGGGCAGCCAGUGCUGAGGCUAGCCACCUGGAACUUGCAGGGCUGCUCUGUGGAGAAGGCCAACAACCCCGGUGUUCGAGAGGUGGUAUGCAUGACACUCUUGGAAAACAGCAUCAAGCUUCUAGCUGUGCAAGAACUACUUGACAAAGAGGCUCUGGAAAAGUUCUGUGCGGAGCUGAACCAGCCAGUCCUCCCCAACAUCCGCAAGUGGAGGGGCCCCCGGGGGUGCUGGCGCUCCCUGGUGGCAGAGAAGCCCUCAAGUCUGCUCCAGAAGGGAGCCGGGUACUCAGGAUUCCUGUGGGACACAGCAGCCGGCGUGGAGCUUCGAGAUGCUCCCUGGCAGGAGAGCCCAUCCAGCAAUGGACAUGGGAGGCCCCCGGCACCUAGCCCACACCUCGCCAAGUUCAAGGUGGGAAGUAAUGAAGUGACCCUCGUGAACCUUCACCUGGCUGCCCUGAGCCUCCCGGUGACAGAGAAUCCCAGCAAGAAUCCCAGUGACGGCCACCGCCUGGCAAGCUUGGCACAGACCCUGCAGGGCACCCUGAAAGGAGAAAAAGAUGUCAUCAUAUUAGGAGAUUUUGGCCAAGGGCCAGAUAGCAGUGACUACGACAUCCUGAGGAAAGAGAAAUUCCACCACCUCGUCCCCGCGCACACCUUCACCAACAUCAGCACCAGAAACCCCCAAGGCUCCAAAUCCCUGGACAACAUCUGGAUCAGCAAAAGCCUAAAGAAGGUGUUCACAGGUCACUGGGCCGUGGUCAGAGAAGGACUCACGAGCCCAUGGAUCCCAGAUAAUUGGUCCUGGGGUGGAGUGGCUUCCGAGCACUGCCCUGUGCUGGCCGAGUUUUACACAGAGAAGGACUGGGGCAAGAAGGACGGGCCUCGGGACAGCGGUGGGGUCACCCUGGAGCGCAGCGAAGCCAACAUCAAGCAGGAGCGAUGAUGACAGCCAAGUGGUUUCUUCCCCUGUGACCCGGGAGGGCACAGCAGGGAGCGAAGAGCCCUUCUCACCUCCUCCUGGGAUGUCUGCACAGCCCGCUGGGGGAUGGCUGUGCUUGAAGACCUCUCCAGAGCGGCCAUGUGAGUCAUCUUAGGAGCCCGGACAGUGUGACACAUCAAGCUCAGCAGAAAGAGCCUGGCCAUCCGUCACCGGGCUGGUGGCAUGGCAUGACAGACUGACAGAAGCCGAGUAGUGAGGAGAGAGGAGAAGAGAUGGCCUCCAGGCCACCAGCUCCCGGCAUUUCUGGCCCACCAGUAUGCAGCAUUGUUACAGCUGCAAACGGCAGAACGCUUUUAACUGUGAUUAGCACUCUUCUCAAGGAUUUUGAGUGGUGAUUUUUAGUUUUGUUUUGAAAAAAUAAACAGAUGAACCUGCCUGGCUGCGAUCAGUGUGAGACCCUCGCCACAAGCCACGCGAGGGUGCCCAGGUCCUUCCUCCUGCUGCCCCUCAUGUCCUGUCUGCAGCCCUGCAGAGCCACCUGCCACCCGCUCAGCCCUGGCUGCCUUGCUAGAUAGACCGUGCAGCCACACUUCUGGGCUCUUCCUGGAGAACAGGAAUUCUGUGCCCAGGACAAUGCUUUUUUUUUUUUUUUUUUUUUUUUUUUGCUUGCCAUCAAAUUCCAAGCCCAGAGGCUCCCUCUGCUGUUCUGAGUGAUGCACAGCCAUCCAGAUCCACAGGAAUUCGCAGUUGGCUUCCACAUCCACAGACUCAGCCAACCUCAGAUCGAAAACAUUUUUUAAAUUACAUAAAUGCUAAACCCACAGGCUUUUGUUCCCUUGUCAUCCCCUAAAUCAUACAGUAUCACCACUAUUUUCAUAGCAUUUUUGCUGCAUUAGCCAUCAUAAGCCAUCUAAAGAUGAUUUAAAUUUAUGGGAUACUGGGCUUGGUGGUAGAUGCCCAUAGUCCCAGCUACUCAGGAGGCUGAGGCAGGAGGAUUACUUCAGUCCAGGAGUUCCAGACCAGCCUGGGCAACAUGAGGCCCUGUCUCAAAUAAUAAUAAAGUAGGCUGUAAGUACUUUCCAGGGAAGUGUUACACCAUUUAAUAUAAGGGACAUGAUCAUGAAUGGAUAUUUGUGUCCCUGAGGGAGGACCCCUGGAGCCUUUCCUUUGCAAACAGUGAAGGAUGGCUGGGUGCUCACUCAGUACGCAGGAAGCUCAACCUGAGUGUUCAAGACAGGAGGGUACUUCUGUGGGGCUGGAGUUGGCUCUUCAUGACACUGCCCCCGUGAAACCAGGAUGCUAAUGCUGACUUUACACCUUCUGAAGGUCACCCAGCCAGUAAGGAAAUGGAUGGGGACUCUGGCGGUCAGGGUAGAGGGUCAGUGUGAUUAGCGUGGGACCCACUAGGGAGAUUAGUGGAACACAAUCGUGGGUGUAUUUGGGUGGGACAUGGAGCCGUGACCUUGGGGGUCUGUGCCUGGUCCCCAGUCCUUUCCCCUCUGGUGCUGCUUCCCUGCUCUGCUUCCUGGCUGCCAUGAGGUAAAAAGCUUUCCUGUGCCGCGCACCCUUCCGCCACGAUGUUCCUGCCUUGGAGCUGGGCAACUGGACGGAACCUCCUGAACCGUAAGCCAAAGUAAGCCUCUCCUCCAUGUUGUGGGUGUUGGGCACUGUGUCCCAGCAAUGGAAUAGGUGAUACCAGACUCCAAUCCCACACUCAUGUAUCAACUUUAUGUCCAAUAUUAAGGAACGUAACACCAAUUUUGUCAUAAAAGCACAUUAUCAUGGGUGUAUAACACCCAUGUUUAUCCUUUAGAAUAUUUCUAUUGCUGAAAUAUUGAUUUUGAUUUUAUGAGUUUUAUAUUAAACAGUGAGUACUUAACAGGAAAAAAAUCAAGAAAAUAAAGUACUGAAUUUUUAAUAUUUAUUGUUUAUAAAAAUACCAAAAUUUUCAACAUUGACUGUUUUUUGGUGUACAAAGUCUAAAAAAUAACAGAAAUAAAUCCCUAUAUGAACUACAAUGAAAAUACCAAUAGAACUCUGCAAAAAAAUAAUAUUUACUUCAAUUAUCACACUUCAGGCAGUCUGCACACAUGCUAACAGCAUGUUCCAUGCGUAUGUAUUGCUUACACUGAUAGCACAUGUAUUUUAGUUUCCUGACCUUUUUGAAGGACACUCUUGAAAUCUUGCUGGUCUUGCUGUUUUAUCAGGUUCUUACUGUAUUAUGCAAUGUGUGGCUGAUAGGAACAUAAACUAUCAAUAAAAUAAACUAUUAAAUUCUUUA